CGGCGCUCACCGAGCGCAGCACCCAGCGCAGCUUGGCCCCAGCGGCGCCGCCUGGAGCACGGACGCUGCGGGACGGAGCCCGGAGCCUAGAGGCGGCGGCGGCGGCGGCGGGGACUUCGGCCAGAGACGAAUCCUGUCCUGUCCUCGGCACGGCCAGCGGCAGCAACAGCAAAGCAACAGUAUUUGACAAUACCUUUGGCCUUGGCAAUACCAAGAUACCUAAGACACAGUUCCUAUCUUUGAACCUUCAAGGAGCCUGUGGUCCAGUGAAGGGAGACACACAGACAUGUGAAAGGAAAUUGCCAGAGUCCCUAGUGCUGUAAUAAAAUUGCGAACAAAGUACUAUAGGAGGAGUUAGCUUUGGUGAAGGAAGAAGAAAAUCUGUGCAGAGAAGUUGGCACCUGAGUGUGUUUCAAAGGACUGGUAGAAAUUUUCCAGGUGGUGAAGGCCAUCACAUGCAGCCUGCAUAGCAUGGACAAAGGCACAGAAAUAUAAAGAAAAGAGCAGAGACCAUUCUCCUGGGACCAUUCCUAAGAAAGAAACACCCACGCUGUGACAUAUGCCACUGCCACCGCCACUGCCACCUCUGCCUCCACCUCCCCCCCCGUCAGCGCCCCCGGUAAGUACAGAUGCUUCCAGCUUGAGAAAGGCAGAUCCCAAAGGUCGGAGUGCACUGUUGGCUGAUAUCCAGCAAGGAACUCGCCUACGAAAAGUCACGCAGAUCAAUGACCGCAGUGCCCCGCAAAUUGAGAGUUCUAGAGGAACCAACAAAGAAGGAGGAGGUCCUGCAAACUCUCGAGGUGGGAGCACGCCCCCAGCCCUGGGAGAUCUGUUUGCUGGUGGCUUUCCAGUGUUACGACCAGCAGGCCAGAGGGAUGCAGCAGGCGGCAAGACAGGGCAGGGCCCUGGCUCCCGAGCGCUUUCUCCCCGGCUUCCCACCAAAACUAUCAGCGGCCCGUUCAACCCCCCUGCAUCUCCCAGGCUAGGCGACGCCUCCGAAGCGCAUGGCGCGGCCGGGACGGUCCCUCCUCGCCCCAGCAUGCCCGCCCCACCUCCCCCGCCCUUACCCCCGGCCCUGCCCCCGCCCUCCCCCGCCAAAGCCCCGCUGGUGUCCCCACCUGGCCCACCGACCAAGGGGAGCCCCCCGGUGCUUGCACCCCCUCUGCCCUGUGCACCACCGCCUCCACCCCCACCGCCCCCGGCCUUGGCUCCCAGUGACAAGGCGGUGAGGCCUCAGCUAGCCCGCUUGCACCUACCGCCCGUCCCGCCCCCUCUCCCUCUCCUCCCGCCUUGCGGGUACCCUGGGCUCAGUGCGGACGCUGCCAGCCCUGCCCAAGAUGUGCCGGAGCCUCCCGCCCCUCCGCUGCCGCCGCCCCCGCUCCCCGCUUACGCCCCACGCACCCCCAGAGCCUCUCUGCCUGCGCCCCCUUUGCCAGGCGCUAACGACAUGGGUGAAGCCCCACCCCCGCGGCCCCCCAAGUCCCCGUGCUUCCAGGCCCAGCCCCCCGAGCCCAGCGUGCAGGCCUUGCCGGCGCCGCCUGCCCUUCCGGGGUCUCAGACGUUCCCGCAGAAGAAGAGGCCCGGCCGCGGCCCCGCGACCAGUGGGGGAAAGCUGAACCCGCCCCCAGCACCCCCCGCGAGGUCACCCACCACGGAGCUUUCAAGCAGGAGCCAGCAGGCCCCAGCCUGGACCCCGACCCAGCAGCCUGGAGGUCAGCUGCGGAACGGAAGCCUGCACAUCAUUGAUGACUUUGAGUCUAAAUUCACGUUCCACUCUAUGGAAGAUUUUCCUCCUCCGGAUGAGUAUAAACCAGGCCAGAAGAUUUACCCCAGCAAGAUCCCCAGAAGCCGCACACCUGGUCCCUGGCUCCACACUGAGGCGGCUGGCCAGAGCUCCGAUGACAUCAAAGGCAGAAAUGCUCAGCAACUCUGUGGUAUAAGCUGGAGAGAUACCUUUAAUGCAAACUUUUUUCAUAUGAGGAAACCAAGCUCCAAGAGUUAUCCCUAAAGACACUCCGGUGAGAAGACAGAUGAAGCCAACGUCCUGUGAGCCACCUGGGGUUCUAUAUGGCGGGGUGGACAUCCCCAGGAGAAUGUCAGACCUCACCCUUCUCAAGUUGUAAUUCAGUUGACAUACAGGCUCUGCAUGGAGCAUUUAUUUAUUAUAAAUACGUGAUUUGCACAGG